AUGUUUAAUGCUGGAUUCCAACAAUAUUUAAAUACAGGCCUAUACAGCGAUUUGACACUGAUAGUUAAUCAUACGAAAGAGUACCAACUCCAUAGAAUUAUAGUGGGCUACAACUCUGAGUAUUUCUCUAAUAUAUUACAAGCGAUCAAUCAACAUGGAACAGAGAUUUUUAAUCAACCUGCAUCACCAGCACUUUCAUCUUCAUCGUCAUCAUCAUCGUCAUCACUCAACAACUCACCGAAUGUAGUCUCGGGAUCACCUACCCUCUCACUCAUUCGAACACUUCCAACAUCAUCACCAACCGUGCUAGCAUCACAUUCAAACUCACCAUUUCUCAUUCUCUCACCACUAACUCCGGGCUCAGUAUACUCCGAACACAGCAACGCUAAUGGAAAAUUUCGUCUAGGUUCAAAUAGACUAAAACAACAAAAUAAUAAUAAUAAUAAUAAUAAUAAUAAUAGUAACAAUAACGCCAAUAUUAAUAUAAAUAUAAAUCCAUUAUCGUUAUCUAGUCCAAAUAUAUCCAAUACAAAUUCCAAUGUUUCAGCUUCUUCCUCAUGGGUGAAAUCCAGUCCUGCUCAAAUUCAACAACAACACCAACAGCAGCAACUAUUAAAUCAACCAAAUCAACAAACAUCUCAACCAAGUCAAUUAUCACACUCUAUUCAGAAUAUAAAUUCACAAAUACAUCAUGGACUUCAACCACCACGUAGAACUACAUCCUUUUCCAGAUCAAUCUCUAUGUUGCUAUCAUCGGUCAGUUCAAAAUCUAAACUUUCACCUCCAAACACUAGCUCUAGUUCACUUAUAAACAAUCCAUCAACAUCAACAUCACCUUCAUCAUCAUUCAUUAAUUCUCAAACAAACAACUCUACAAAUAAUAUAUCAUUGUCUUCCUCGACAUCCAAUUUAACACCAUCUAAAUCACAACCUAAUCUUUUGAUAAAUAUCAAUGAAAAUAAUAAUAAUAACAAUAGUAAUAAACCAUUACCACCUACACCAGUACUUCCAGCACAUCUAUCAUCUUCUUCAUCUUCAUCAUCAUCUUCUGGUAGAAAAGACUCUAAUUCGUCACCUUCAUUUGUCGUUUCACUUUCACAAAUUAAACAACAAUUUAAUAAUCAUCAGCCCAAACCCAAUAUAUCAUGGAACACCUCCAGGAAUUGUUUAACAAUAGAAAUAGAGAUUAACGAUCCAGAUAAUACGUUUGACAGCAUAAUAACAUAUAUGUACCGAGGAAAGCUUGAUAUCAGCGAAAAAAACUGCAUCAAUAUACUUUACUUUGCCAAUCAUUUCCUGAUUCACUCUCUAAAGAAAAUGGUUUCCGACUAUAUAGUAGAGCAUAUCACCAGCAUGAAUGUACUAGAGUGGCUUAAUAAAUCGAUUGAAUUCAAUUUGACAGAGCUGAUUCCCAGAUGUAUAUUUGUAAUCGCUAGGAAUUUCAGUCAGAUUCUCGAGGAGCACAAGAACCGUAUCAACCAAAACAUUACAAGUGGAGAGAAUGGAAAGCUAAAGAUUCAACUCCCGAAACAACCGUUUUGUAACCUGCCAUUCGAUUUGUUCCUCCAGAUCCUCGAUCACCCUUCACUCUCUGUCUUUACAGAGUUUAGUGUGUAUCUUGCGAUAUGUGGCUAUAUCGAUGCAAACCGUGGACACUUGGAGAUCAAGCAAAUCGAACAACUCUUUAUGAAAGUGAGAUUCCCGUUCUUGACUUAUAAUGAGUAUCUCCAAGUGAUAAGGAAUCCUCUGGUUCCACAAGAGUUGCUAACCGAUGGACUGAUGAUUCGACUUGGAAACUUUGAGUGUCCAGGCUCGGAACAACUGAAAAAGCGACUGUCUGAACCAAGAUUCAUGAAAAGAAAGACACCCGGUAGGAUAUUCGAAUAUCUCUAUGAUUAUGACAAUCGUGGAGUUCUCUACUUCCUUGGUAGCUAUGGACUUCCCGAUUGGAUCAACCCUGCACUUUAUCCAUCGGCUGACAAUCCACGAGUUAAAACUGGACAUAAUAGUACCAGUCACAACUUCCUAUCAUUGAGUGGCAUAGAAUUCUACGGUGAAUUGAUCAUUCAACAACACCAACCAAUCACAACGAUUACGACAUCGAUAUUGUCAUCGAACAACAACAACAACAGCAAUACAACAUCAAAUCAAUCAUCAAAUUCAUCUCUAACAACAACAUCGUCAUCAUCAUCACAAGCAUCAACACAACCAACUAUAACACCAAGCCAACUUACAUUCCAACAACAACAACAACAACAAUUUCAACAAUUAGUAACUUUACUUCAACAACAACAACAAACUAAUCAACAACAACAAAAUAAUAUAACAAAUACAUCUACAACUACAACUACUACAACAAAUAUAAAUAGAAAUCAAAUUCAAUCAAACAAUAUAAAUACGACUACUUGA